AUUGUGAAAAAUUAAUCAAUUAUGUAUCUAAUAAUAAAGAAUAUUUGCUUUAAAUUAGACAUGUAAUUGAUCAAUUUCUCUAUGCAUAUUAUUUAUAUUAUUUAUAUUACUUGCGUUUACGCAAGUUUGUCUAGAUAGACCUUAACUUGAAUUUGGCGGCGACAUGUAAACUGAAUGGAUUGUAAUGGCCGAUUUCGAGAUUCACUUAUCAAUGUCCCAACUUCAUGAUUGUUGUGUGCGGCAUUUGUUUGCGCUGAAGUUUGUCUCUAAUGGAUUUGUUAUUGCCGUGACUAGGACUAGGCUACCAGUAUUGUGGGCCGCUUUAAAAAAAGGCUUUCAUUCAGCGAGCGUAUAAUUUUGCCGAAUAAGCGGAUGAAUGAGAUUUUCGCAUAUAAGUCAUCAACACUUCUUCCAACAUCUUACGCUAGGUUAGAUUAUCCAAUCGGACCUGUGGUGAUCAUAUAACUUUGAGAAGUUAACAGAUUUAAUUAUGGGUUCGCUGAACCUUAUCUGCCCAAUGUGUUGCGGUGAAACUUUCAAUAACCCUCAGUCUCUUAAGUACCACUUGUUAAGUAUUACGGACAAUCUCUAUUGUCCUGGCUGUUCACAGCGUUCUGACUCUGUGGCAGCGCUCAUUCAGCAUCUUGACAAAUGCGAGCAAAAUUUGGAGCGCAAGGUGAGGCUUGACGUUCUGACAGAUAAACUCCGGAAAGAGUCUGAAGCCAAAAUGGAUAAAGUGCAGAUUAAUGGGAGCUUUCUUGCGACUGUGAGUGACAAUGGAAUUGUUAUAAUGGAUGAUCCACAGACGAUACAAAUGGAUGAGAAUGGAGAAAUUAAAGUCGUAGAAAAGAUGGACACGGAAGAAAUACAACCAGAUCAAAAUUCUCUGGAUUUCAAGAUGUCCGAAGGGCUUUCUGGUGUCAGUGGCAGAAUGCAAAGAAGACUGCAGCCAAUGCAAGAAUUAGUGGCUGUUCCUAUAUCGAAUUCCAGUGCAGAGUGCAAAGAAACGGAAAAAAGCGUAAUUGCCGUAUUACCGGAAAAUUCCGAGUUUCUGGAUGCCACUACCUUGAUCGAUGUCGACCGUAUAAAUGAGGCGGAAGAGAUUGACGAAACUGGUCUUUUGCGAGUCAAGCAAGAACUAUGUGAGGUGGAAUCUGAUGCUGUAUAUAGCUGCACUAGCUGUGAAAUCAGCUUCAACUCCAUUCUGGAACAUAUCAAGCAGUUUCACGAUGGUCAGGAAGUUUUGCUGGAAAUGGCAGAGCAGUUAAACGAUCUGGCGACGCCUACGAAUCAAGUGUCCGCGACGUCUGAAGAUUCGGAAAACGUAGUAAAAGGACGACAACGGCAAACAAUGAAUACGCUGCGUACAGAGGAAUGUGUAGACAAUGAGGGUAGAUUCUACACGAGAAAGGUAGUGCAAAUCGAGAGAUUCUGGGACCGUACACCGAUCCAGAUAACAUCGCAAUCAGCAAAAGCUCCAAUGAUCGAGAAGUUCUUUUCGAAUGUGGAAGGUGUUAAGGUACGAGAGAAGCGCUUGGCGACUGCGUCAAUGCGAAUGUACAGAUGCAAUCAAUGCUUGCAGCAAUUCUCCAAGUUAGGAAACUUUCGUGUGCACGCAUGUCUUCGUGGCAACAAACGCUGCGAGCACUGCGAUCAAAGCUUUGCGACACCCAAAGCCUUGCAGCUCCAUAUGAAAGUACAUGAAGGCGACAUUGAUUCAAGCCAAAAGUCAUUUAUUUGUACCAUUUGUGGUACCGAAUUCUGCUCCCACAAAAGCUUACGUUUGCAUUCGAGAAUGCAUGCCCCAGUGAGGGCCAGACAUGUUGAUGCACCCGAGGGAACUCCUAACGCAACUUUCACUUGUCCUGAAUGUGGUAAAACUUUAUCAGAAUCAUACAAAGAUACGCACAUGGCGUUACAUACUGGUGAUUCAGUGACAUGCGCUGUCUGUAAUCGGAAAUUUGAUUCCGCGGACAGUUUAACGAUGCAUGCAGCGGUGCAUACCGAGAUAGCACUCUCGCCGUCGCCUACCCCACCUACUUCGAUUUCAACUUCGUUGGCUAGAGAGACAGCAGUAACAACGACAACAACGGCGACAACAAUUGCGAUGACAUCAACAACGACGACAACAACGACAGCGACGGUGGAAACUAGUGAUAGUCAGAAACCCUAUCAGUGCCAGCAUUGUGGUCGCAGGUUUACCAGACCUCACGAAAAAGUGAAACACGAACGAAUUCACACUGGGGAGAAACCACAUGCUUGUGAGGUUUGCGGGAAGACUUUUCGCGUGUCCUAUUGCCUGACCCUGCAUAUGCGUACGCAUACCGGUGUGCGGCCUUAUGCUUGCCAGCACUGUGGCAAACGUUUCAAGGCGUCUUCCGUCUACAAUCAUCAUCUGCUGACACAUGGCGAAGAACGCGCUUACGUGUGUCCAUAUUGUCCGAAGACGUUCAAAACACGAGUGCAAUUGGCUGGUCACAAGAACAGUCACACGAAGCCGUUUCGAUGUACCGAAUGCUCGCGACCGUUCGCGUCGCUCUAUGCCGUUCGCGCGCACAUCCAGACACAUAAGAAAGAUAAUAAUCUCAAGUUUAGCUGCUAUAUAUGCGGUGCAUCAUAUGGUCGGGCGUUCGCUCUGAAGGAUCAUCUGAAGCAACACGGCCAGGACGUGCUGGCGCCACCAGAACCUGCACGGGAAGAGGAAGUGCACGAGGACUUUCUCCUCCGGGAGGAGGGGGCCGAGCUCGUGGUCCCGUCGCCUUCGCUUCCUCUCGUCGCACAUUCCUCCGACGUGGACGAUACCGAUUAAAAUUAAUUAUUGCAAUUCGAGUCUAGUCGAAUCUUAAUGCGUGAUUAUUCGUGAAAAUCGCAAGAUUCAAAGAGUGAUAUAUAAUCACUGUGUUGAACCUUUUGUGGAGAUCUGUGAGUCUUUUUCUGUUUUAGUAAUUAUAUGUUUCAUAAGUUAUUGCAUAAACGGAUUUUUUACUAAAAGUCGAAAAUAAUUGAAAUCUGGUUAUAUGUAAGCAUUGUUAAUUCAUUAAUAAAGUUUAUUCGUUCGUAUUUCUCA